AUGGCGAUGGAGGCCAGGUAUGCUGGCGUGUGCAAGCUGUGCGCUGGCGACGUGAAGCCUGGAGACCGCAUCUGGCCAGGAGAGCUCGAGCCCGUGUAUGUGCAAGGCAUCGGCAAGAAGCCGCGUGGGGUGCGCAUGCGACGACCGUGGGUGCACGUGCAGUGUGCUGCAGCACAGGCGGGCGUGCCCGAAAGCGAGCUUGUGCCUCCGCUGUGUAAGCACUGGAAGCAGCGCGGCACGUGCCUGGGGCGAGAAAGGUGCAUCUUCUCCCACCCUGAGGAGCUUGGCGCAGCGGUGCGCGAGCGGCUGGUCAGCGAACGCGCGCGGCGAGAAGCACGGGCCAAACCAAACAGACACGGCGAAGUGGAGGCGCCCAUCCAGAACCGCGGCAAGGGCAAGCGCAACCUGGUGCGCAACAAAGCGCGGAGCUCCGUGUUUCGCCGCUUCAUCAUUGACACGUUUGGCUGGCACACGCUCAUGUCUGGCUCUGGCGUGCUCGACGUUGCUGCCGGCAAAGGGGAGGUGAGCUUUGAGCUCACGCGCCUGUGCGGCAUCCCGGCGGUCUCUGUGGAGCCGCGCGCCAUGUCCCUGGAGCGGUUUGUUCGACGCAUGCGGAAGGGCGCUUACCACCAGAACCCGCUCUUCCUCAACUACACCAAGUUCAAGACGCCAACUGCAUCCAUGCAGCACACAGAGUGCCGCAUCUUGCACGUGCGCUCCCUGUUCCAAAUGCCGUUGGAAGAACAAGCAGAAGAGGAAGAACAGGAAGAAGAACAGGAAGACAGCGGCCUCCCCCUGUGCCUGCGCGACGAGACCGCGUGGCAGGAGAGUGUGGCUGCGGCACGGAUCCUCACGUGGGACCGCAGUGGCCUGCACGAGAAGGGCGCUGUUGUUGGACGGAAGCACAAGGCGCCGCGAAGCGAGACGAAGCGUGCGCGGCGGCGACGCGGGCGAAAGCUUGGUCGCAUAUGGAAGGAGGCACUGGCAAGCGGCAUGACGCCAGAGGAGGCCAUUGCAGAGCUGAGGCGGGUGCAGCAGCAGGAAGAAGAGGAGGAGAGGAAGAGGAAACAGCAGCAGCAGCAGCAGGUGUUGGGGGAGAAAGGCGAGAAAGAUGAGGAUGAGGAAGAAGAUGAUGAUGGUGUGCCGUUUAUGGACGUGUUUGACAUGGAUGAAGGGAGUGGUGGCGAGGACACCACAACUGUUCAGCGAGAUGGGCACGAGGAAGGAGAACAUAGGGGCGGGCAAGACGGGGCUGACAAUAAGGAGAGUGGCAAGGAGGACGCGAGUGAUGCUGACAACAGUGACGCUGACAACAGUAAUGAUGAGGCGAGCGACGGUGACGAGAGUGAUGAUGGAGAUGAUGAUGGUGGUGGUGGUGGUGAUGAUGAUGAUGGAGAUGAUGAUGAUGAUGCAGGCAACAGCGCUGCGGAGAACGAGGGGGUAGCUGAUGACAAGGAUGGUGACAACAGUCAUCCGAGCCCGCACAACGCCACCGAUGGCCACAUGCAUGAUGACGCCGAGGAGAGUGCAUUUAUUGCUGAGUUGCGCGACUAUGAGGAGGCGCGGCAAGCGGUGCUUUCGGCGUCUGUGGUGGUUGGCCUGCACCCGGACCAGGCAGCGGAGCACCUUGUCAAGUUUGCCCUUCGCCACCGCAAGCCGUUUGCCGUGGUGCCGUGCUGCGUGUACGCGCGGGAGUUCCCGACCCGGCGGCUGCCCAAUGGAAAGCGCGUGCACACGCACCUGCAGCUUGUAGAGUACCUGCAGUCCCUUGCACCCGGGAUUGUUCGUGUGGAGCUUCCCUUUGAAGGAAAGAACGUGUGCCUCUACAAGGCCUCAUACGAUUAA